CCAGAUGUAAACACAAUGGUCGGAUGUGUCUCCUUCGUGCUCGAGUAGACUUUUAGAAUCGGUGUAAUUCCGUGAUUUAUUCAUGAGGCGGACUUUGUGGCGGUGCGCGAGGUGACAUUCCCUCAUAAUUGAGGAUCAUGGUAGGAUCUCCGUGUCGUUAAUCGCCUGAAGUAAGGAUUGGGGGAACUUAGAAUUGGGGCUGGGGUACCGGUCUUCAAUGGAAACCUGGCUUGAGACAGACCUUACGUCUCGCCUGAUUUUCAUGAAUUGCUUUUAAUAAAACGGGCUUUUAACUGUUGGGAAUUGAGUUUUUUUGCGUCGUCCAAGGUGCAGUGCAGGAUAUCAGCGGUCGUACGGCGUCUAUGGUGGAGUAGUUUAGUCGAAAAUGCAGUCCAAGGAGAAAGAGAGAGGUCUGGUGUGGGGAUUACUUGAAUGUGCUGGGGACAACAACGAAGGAGUUCGUCAGACUGUAGCCGGUUCACUCAUAACCCUGGGCCACAAACACCCAGUACUGGUUUUAUCAGCAAUACAUAAAUUUAUUUCUAGUCCACAGACUGCCCCAAAGGUUCAAGUUCAGUCCAUAUUGUAUAAUACUGCAGAAAAUAUUAUCAGAGAAUGUGGAGAAAAAGUGAGCGACAAGGAGUUAAUUGAUACCUGGACAGAUGGAGCCAUCAAACUUCUUACGUUACCAUCAGUAGCACCAGAUUUGCAGGAAGCUGCUGUGGGACUUAUAGUGGCAUUGGGGAGCACGCAGACUCACUGCAACACUGUGAUGGAAAGUUUAAUAAGCCAGAUGCAGGGUGGAACCUUACCAACGCAGAGCGUUGCUGAAAGUCUCGGUGCUCUGGCUGCUGGUAACGUGAAAGGAACAGUGCCAUACUUGAAGGCUGUCUUGGGACUUACUGUUCACUGCAUUCCUUCUGUGAAGCAAGAUAAUCUGAAAUGUGCGCUCGCUACUAUGUUUAGCAAGUUUGCCGAGUCCAUUUUGGAAGCUGUUGAUAACAAGGAACCAGACCCUGACAUCUCUAUAGAGUCUUAUAUGCCAGAGUGUGCUCUAGUCUUUGAGUCUCUUGUCAACUAUUGGCUCAAGAAUUCAAACGCCAACGUCAAAAAUGACACAAUUGUCGCAUUGGGGCAUUUGAGUCACUUACUCCCCAAGGAAAAAUUGGAAGAGUUAGCAGGGCUUGUAGUGACAACGAUUCUCUCGUUAUACCGGAAAACUUCCUCUCCUUACAACCUUACUUUUUCCUUAGCCAUGAUAUCAGAUGCAAUGCUGAAAAAGAAUUUGACUGAAAGCAUAAAGUUUCAUGUUGAUCACUUACUCAGUGCUUUGUUUAACCAAGUUUGUAUUGUGCCAAAUUACUCUGAACCAUUCACUGUCAAGAACCACUACGAAGUAUUGCGCUGUUAUGAACUUAUGGGAAAGUAUUACCCAGAAAAUGUGAUGACUCAUCUUUUACAGCGAUUAGAAAAUGCUAGUCACAUGCAGCGUGUUGGAGCCCUGGUGGUCACAAAACAUCUCAUUAACAGCAAGACUUUGAGUACAGAAAAUGUAGCAAGUUUAACUAAUGCAUUGGUUCCUCUCCUUAGUGACCCAAAUAGUAAAGUUGUUAAAAGUGUGACUCAAGUCAUUGUAGCAUUAUGCCAUAAUAACCACUUGACAUGUCAAACAGGGGCACCAUUUAUCACAUACUUAGUUAAUCAUUCAGCUGGUGGAGCUGUAUUACUGAGUCGGAGGCCAUCAUUAGCCGAACCGGAAGGGGAAUCGGUUUCUGAAGUUUGCCGUCGUGUGUUGCACAUCUUAUCUACCACAGUUGAAGCAGCACAGCCCCUGUUGUGGCCACAUCUGCUAAGUUUUGUGUGCUUUUCCGAACAUGAAGCUAGCCUUCCAGCCACACUCUCCUGUCUUGCCCAUCUUGCAAACAAUUACGCUUCUUAUGAGGAAGCCAAUCCACUCCUUGUAGGACCCCCUGGCCCUCCGACAGCUCCUGUUUUACUUUCGCGUUUGCUGGUUCUCAGUUGCACACCUAAAGAAGGUGCAGUAGGAAUUGCUGCACUUACCUUGCUUCAAGGAUUGGCACCACACAUUCAUCCAAAGUUGGUUGAAUCUUGGCCUCAACAUCUUCCACAACUCAUAACAACAUUCCAAGAUUUGACCAGUAAAGCAGAAGCAGAACCAUCAGCUCAUCAGAUGUGGCAUGACUCUCUAAGAGACUUUCUUGCAGCUACCAUCACUGCCGUAGGAACAGAGGAGUUUACAGUUAAUCUUGGCACAGCACAGAUGGACCAGGUGCACCUUUAUGACAAACAGCCAAUGAAGUUGUGUUUCAUCAUGUCCUUGGUUGGUGUCACUCUGAAACACACAGCAAACAAGACCUUUGUGGCGACAACACUAGACAACCUUUUUAAUGCUACAAGUCACAAAUCAUCCUUGGAACGUGAGAGUCUUGCCCUUUGUGUUGGACUGGCUGCAGCCACACACACUGACAUUGUCUUAACACACAUUGAGAUGUGGUUGAAAAAUGCAGAUCCAGCAAAAAAGCCUUUGUCAUUCUUCAAUCUUAUAAAACAAGACACAAGAACUGAGGAAUCGUCAUGGGUUCGUGCCAGCAUUGUUUUGUGUUUAGGUCAGAUUGCAACCCUCGCACCACCUAAUGUUACUGGAAGCAAAGUUGAUGGACCCAUAAUGCUUCAUCUUCUGAAUAUUAUUAACAGUAACAAGAGUGACAUGGUAAAUGAAGCUGUAAUACAAACAAUAAGUCAUAUUGCAAGGGCACUCACACAUCUUCCAGACUUCAAGCUCCGCCAGCGUCCAUUACUUAUUACUCAUCUGGUAAACACAUCCAAAUUUGAAGGAAUUCCACACCAGGUGUUGGCAAGUGUGUUGCAGACAUUACGAGACCUGUCCGCUCUGGAACCUGAACUAAAUGUUGAAGAAAGAACCAUCAUCUUGCAAGCAGCUCUCACAGCAACUCUGCCACACUUUGGAAAGGCUGACAGUAAUGAUCAUCAACUUCUGAGAUGUUUUGCUCAACUUGGUGUACUUCUGAGGACAAUAAUCCAAAAGGACACCAAUCCUGCAACUUUAGACGAUGUAACCACCCUGCUCCAGUCAUGGACAUUAUCUCCAGAUGAGAUGAUACGAAUCAAGUCUGUAGACCUUCUUCAUACAGCUUUGCGCACAUACUUUGAUCACCUCACAUUUUCAGUUGAGGCUCCUUCAAACUUCAAUCAAACGUGUCAGCUGUUGGCUUUCAUUACCCCAAGGCUAACGGACCCUUCUUCACAAGUACGAAUAAAAGCAGUUGGCAGCGUAUAUAUGGUACUAAGGAUUGCCGGUCGUUACAAUGGCCAAGCACAUGAUUAUAUGGAUGAGAACCUUGAAAUUUUGAAGGCUGCAGAACAAGCAAUCCAUACAGACAACCAUCAGGAAAUUGCAAGUUUGAUAGAAAAUGUUGGCAAAGUAAUGAGCAACAAAUUGUCUUUCAUGCAAUUGAGAUCAUACCUGUCCUGUGUUGUUGUGGGGCUUCAAGAUCAAUUUGCAGAGUCCUCAGAAGGAGUGGCACUGGUCAUGAAAACGUUUUUCACCCUGAGAGGUCAUCAGUUACAUCAGCAUAUCAAAGAACUUCUAGAUUCCAUAUACAGUCGCCUGGAGAAAGUUACUCACAAACCAACACGAAAAAUGUGUGUAGUGGCAUUAACAAGGCUUUCUUCGCAUAAUCUCAGUUUGGUGAUUGACACAAUUCUCACUUAUCCAGUUCCUUAUGAAAGGGGGAUUUGUGAAACUUGGAGGAAUAUUGGUCAUGAUCCUGAGCUGUGUGCUUCUGCAUUAGAUCUCCUAACUCAGGUGUUGGAACGCACGCAACUCUUUGCAGAACAACCGACUACUACCGAUGCUACAGUUAAAAUUGCGACCAUACCACCUUUAGCAGCCAUAUGUGGAUUAUGUGAACUCAUGCAUGACCUGAAAGUUCCGUCUGAGGAGGAUCACGAAGAAGGAUGGGAGAAGGUUGAAGAUGAUUUAGAAGCAACACAGCAAGAAUGGCAAGCAGCCCAGAACAUGGUGUGCGGCAAAUUUCCAGAGCUUGCCGCACUCUUACUUAUCUCUUAUGGGUCAUAUGUUGAAGUAGUCGCUCCCCUUCACCAGAGUGCAUCUGCCAGUACUAAAAGCUUUAACUUUGUACCGAACAGAGGAGCAACAACUCUUGUCCCAACCAAGAUUGUUUUGCAGUGUCUUAAAUCUCUGGUUGAUGUUCUGGGUUGCAAUUCUCUCAGCACUGUUUUGAAUACAAAAAUUCGAGAUGAAAAUGAAGAGACCCUUGAAAUAUUCCUGCACAGUAUUUCUGAGAUUACUGCGAUGAUGGUACAUGAAGCACCACAGCAUAUAGAGAAGCUCGUGAGUUCUUUGGAUAUGCGACAUGCGUACGACAUGCAGAGAGUAACUGUAGCUGCUGUAUUUGCACAGUUGAUAGCAGAAAAAUGUGGUGGAAACUAUGAACUCCUAGAAAACAUCACAGAUGGCCUGUUGACAAGACUGAACGACCGGUCUGUCAUCGUUCGCAGGUUGGCUGUUCGGGGCUUAGCUAACUUUGCUCAUCUUCACACUGAUCAGUGCUAUUUCCCACAGUGGUUUGGGGUGUCGGAAAAGCUGACCGAAAUCAUCUCGGCACUUGUGGGGGCCACAGAUCAAAGAGACGGAGUCAGUGCCGAAGGAAUCAGCAGUGAAACACAAGUUGCAUUGGAAGCUCUGCGAGGUCUGGCAGCCCUCUUGCCACGUUUGCCCAAAGAGAGAGUUCUUCAGCAUACACCAACCUUGCUCAUUAGGAUUAGAUUGUUUACUGAAAAGUCUUCAGGAGAAGUGAGAGAAGCUGGACUGGGGGUGCUGAGAGGCCUGGCAGCAUCAGUAGGAAACACAGAAGAAUUCCAGGAACAAAUCCAUCUUCAUCUUUUGGCAUCACUUAUACAUCUAGAAGAUCCCCACCCUCCAACGGUCGUUAUGUGUAAGAGUGCCUUGCAGGCACUAGGCCCCCAUCUUGGAUCAGAAGAGAUGUGUUCCAUGUUCAAGACUCAGCUUGUGCCUAGUGGAGUCUUGACCUAUCAUCAGUUUAUCACAGAUCUCACUAAGCAUAUGGUAAAUGACCUAAAAGAUCACCUAGGGUUUUUCAUUCAGGCUGGUUGCUCAUACUUCAAGAGUUCUGAACCCUCGCUGAGACGUGCAGCUGCUCUUUUGAUAGGUAACCUAGUUUACCACUGUGAGAAUGACCAAGACAUUAAUGUAGCUUCUGUCAGCCACGGUCUAACGUAUCUGUUACGGGAUCCCUACUCAUCUGUACGUACAGCUGCUGCCAUUGCUAUCCCACUUCUCUUCAGGCAUGAAGAUUUACUUUAGCUGGAAAGAGUUCAUUUAGACAUCGCCCCACUGUGAUCCAAUCAUUGCAUUAAGUGAUAUUAAUAUUUAUGCACAGGACCAUGGAGGUCUUUCACUGUUAUGCCAGAAUAGACUGUCAUGCAAGUGCUUUAUUCAAGUAUAAUGUUUAUUGUGUGUAUAUUAUGAUACAGUUUUGAGUGUAAGUAUACUUUUUAUAAUGGGAUUUUAAGAUUUAUUGAAAGCUUUACUGUAGGUUUUUCAUAGGAGCUAGUCAUUCCUUUUGGAGAUGUGUAUUGCAGUUAUCAUAUUUGUGAAAUGGUUUAUGAUGAUGGCUGAAGUAUUUAAACUUUUUAAAACAAAAUUAGCCUUUCAUACAAACCCAUUAUUUAUACUUGGUCCACAUUCAUGGUCUUCACAAAUCAUUGACAUGCCAGUCCUAGUUCAAAAGCAGAUUGUUUGCUGGCCAUUAGCCUUGUGCAUGUGCCCCAUGAAUUCCAACAUUCCAGCUGCUAUUUUUGUGUAGACUUGACCAUUUGUCGUCAGCAAAGCUGUGGUUUUGAGAGCGGAGCCUGCAAUCUUAAGCAGUUGGGCUGUGUGAGAAAAUUUAGUUAUGUUGUUUCACAACAAAUCCAUUACUUAUAAUUAGCCAGGAUUGUAAUUUAGGUGGGAAAGACUGAGCUACUAAAAACCCAAUUUGACCGAUUGAAAUGAAGGAUUCAUCCAAGAACUCAUAUGAUUGAGAUAAGCAAUGGUGUCAAAUCUAUAUGACUAAGAAUUAAGAAUUUGUAACUGCAUGUUAAAUGGGUACUCUUGUAAGAAAUAUCACAGAAGAAUGUACUUACUAAUAAUAGAGGUAAAGGAUAUAGGAGGACAAGUUGGUGAUAGCAGUGAUUUUCCCCAGAAAAGCUUUUGGGAUUAGGGUGGCAGCAUUUAAAAUUUUAUAACCCCCUCUGCAGAAAUAGCCAGUCUUCGGCAACUUCUUUACAGGAGCUAGAAAGAUCGUGAUGGAGAUUUAGUCAAUUUUAAAGCAUUUUAAAAGAGAAAAUUCAAGAUUUAUAUUUACCCAUAGCUCCAAACCUAGCACACUUCCUUUGGCUUUUAAUUCUAAGAUGCCUCAAAUUUUACAGCAGAGCUGUAUGGAAUUCUAGUUGACAUAGCAAAAGAGCUAUAAUCGACAAGGGUAAUUUUGCCAUUUUUUCUGAAGGCAUAAGUGUACAGAUGGUAUUCAUCUGACUUUUUGUAAUGCCUUGACUAUAAGGCAUUUGUUGAUUACGUGAAUAUCCCAUCCAGGGAAUAUGAGAGAGAUUUCUCUCCAACGCUAAAGGUGGGGAUGGCAGGUACAUUCUCUCCAAGGUUUUCAGAGAGAAUGUAAGUCACAGAAGUAUAUUGUACUUGUUGCAGGAGCUGGCCUUCUGCGGCAAAUUUAAGUUUAACAUUUAUAUAAUACUUGUUUAUUACAUUUUAUUUUUUAUUUUCCCAUAAUUUUUGUGUUAUUUAACCUUAAUUUAUAGCAAGUAAUUUUAGUUUUUAGCUAACUUUAAUUUAUGGCAAGUGUAUAUGUAAUAUUCUUCUAUUUGCUGUUCAGCUUCUGUGAUUAAGACAGUUAUGAUGUAAGACAACACCCAGUUACCAACUUAAUCCCCUUGAAUUAACGUUAUCUGCCAUAGCACUUCAAAUACUUCUCAUUUGCUAAAUCCCAUUAGGUAUAAUGAGUGUGAAAAGGCAGUGAAAUGACACUUAGUCAGCAAGGAAAACAUUCACCUGAAAUGUGCUAGGAAAAAAAAAAAAUGCAUUUCAAGUUCUGUUGCCUGGGACCUCAGGAUCUGUGAGGUGCAUGCUCAGUGCUGCUACUCAGGGAAAGAUUUUCUUUUGAGUUGGACAUAGUGUGUGUUGGAUUUGUGAAGACCACAAAUCUGGGCUAAUUAUAAGUAUAUAGUAAUGACUUUGGAUGAACAAAUUGAUUUUUUCAUUUUAAGAACAAUCGAGUGUCAUGGCUAUUGUUCAUUAUUUUUAUUGCUGAUGUUUGUUCUUCCCACCAUGGGAGAUAGUUGAGGGUUAUUUGACCAAUCUUCUUACCCCAAUUUGCACCGCUUUCUGUCUCGCUUUUCAUCAGCUCCUUUCAGUCCUUUCCUACCCACCCCUGUAGCUGAUUACUGCUUGCUUUAAGCUUUCCAUGCAGCUAUGGUGGUAUUAAACGUUCUUUGCGUCAUCCUUGAAUUCUGUGUCUCCAUUGCUUUCUGGCCUUUGGUUGCAUCUUCCUUAGCUGUCCAAGAGGACUUAACUUGUAUCCAAUUUCCAUUUUUCACUUUAGAAGAAACAUUUCAAAAAGUGACUUAAAGGUUCCAUUAAGCCAACUUAUAAUUAUACUCCAACCUAGCUGACCAAUUUCAUUUUCUUUAAUUUUCAAGUCAUUGAAGAGCAAAUCCUUUGGAACACUUAUGUAAAAUGUGUCAAUAUUCAUGGUAUUGUUGUUAUUGUACAGAAAGUUCACACAAAACUUCACAUUCCCAUAAGUGACCACUGUUUUGCCUGCUUACUGACAAGUGUUUAUUGUGGGUUCCAAGAAUGUACCAUUUUUUUAUGAGAAAGAUUUUUUCAUACAAAACCAUUAAAAUUAUAUACAUGUAUGCUUAUAUUUGUGUCACAAAUGUUCCCAGGUUCAUCAUUCUUUUGUCUUUCAGACCGAAAGGGGCAGUCUAACCAUGCAUGCUCAACCUCCUUAAUCAUGCAUUUGCCUGAUUUGCUGAUUCAUUGGGAGGUUGAGAUGCUGGAUGCCCCCAUUUAUUUAUGUUUGCAUUUGGAAUCCAGAGGAGCACUAAAUCUCUGGUAGCUUUUAGAGAUUUUCAAAAAUUAUGAAGUGAAGAGUAGGAUAUGUGGUUUAGUGCACUUACCAUCAACAAGGAAAACUUGUGACCUCAGUAAUGUAUGUAUGCCUCAUGGUAAUGCCACGAGUGAAAUCGGCAUCGAGUCGGACUGCAGUGCCAACUCCAUAGUCUCCAUGCUGAAGGGAAUUUUCUGCACUGUUUUGAGGGCCAAGUUGAAGAUCAGUCUUAACCUCUUCUUGGAUAUGUCACCACAAACUUGCUGCUGCAAGUUAAUAAGGUUUGUCUUCAGAAAGAGGAGUCUGUAACCAACUGUAAUGACAUUCACCAUCCAUGACAGCUGCUCUGAAGAGGUAAGGGUCCCUGUAUGUGGAAAACAUAAAAGACAUGAUAAGUAUUACUAGGAAGGGCUUGACAAGUACGCAAGGGUUAGCAUUAGUAACAGUGACAUGCACAAAGCAAAGCGCAGAGCUGCACUACAAGCAAAACACAAAAAACUCAUAUAGCUUACAAAAUGCAAAAGUAGUAAAACUGGUCACUACUACAUCAUAAAAGUGGUUAAUUAUUGAAAAUAUUUAAUUUUCCUUUAUUAACAAUUAGCACUAAUACAGCAGUCCUCUGGAAAGCAAACACCUAUAGACAAUAAGACCUGUUAGCAGUACCAAAGUCUCAUGGAAAGGGAGGCUUCUGAGACAUAACUUUGGAUCCAGAUUUUGAAAGCAUUGGGAGUGUACCUUUUGUCUGUCAAACAAAUGACUGGUGUACCUGGGAACAUUUACAGCAUGAUUAUAGGUUGUAUGAGAACAAUGAAAGUGUUCGUUAUAAUUCUGUAUACUGUAAACUGCAAAGUGACCUUCUCUUAUUUUUCUACUUCACUGUGGUGUACAUUUAUGAAUGUUCUGUUUAUAUAAAAGUGACUGUUACUGUUACAAUUUGGUAUUUUUAACUAAUUAAUGAAGCUUUUGGAAAUGCAGAUUUUAGUAAGGUUGCUUUUCUGCAUUUGCUAUGAAGACAUUUCUUUGUAACAACUCGGUGCCAGAUUUUAUCACAAUGUUUUCAAAAGUUGGCAGUGGAGCCAGCUUAUGUAAAUACUAAAGAUUUUUUGUGGGAAGUUUAAUAAUAAGCUUUCACAAAUACCUAAAUAAAGAGACCAUAGAAGUUUACUUAAUUAUUUUAGAUAUUUCUAGUACUCUGUCUAUUCAACGCAAAAGGUUUUGAAAACUUGAGUUUGAUGUUUUUAUAUAUACGUAUAUGUAGAUUUUUCAAAUAUGGGGUCAUUAUUGUAGUAUAGUUAUAGUUAAUGCAUCUAGAUAUGUUCUUUGCUAAAAUUAAGCUUUAUAGGAGUUGAAAUUCACUAUAGAAACAUUUAGACCAGUGUGUUAUAUUUUUGACACUUUUCAAGAUUCCAAGAAAUUAAAUUGCACAUCUUUACUUUUCUUUGUGAGAUGUAGUAUCAAAAAUGUUUGUAGCUAGUUCAUGAAUGUGCCAAGUGAAAUAUGCAAACUGCAACAGAUGGAAACUUUGGUCUUCCAUAUGGAAUUCCUGUUGAUAUAUUGUGAGCUUGCUACACUUAACUUAAAAACUUUUUCGUUCUGCUUUAAUCUUUAUAUAAAGUUAUUCAGCAUAAUGUUGUUUAAGACUUUGUAGGGUUUAUUCAUCCAAUCUUUGCUCCAUGAAUGAUUAAAUAUCACCAGAAGGCAUUUGUCAUAAAUAUGUAGGAAUAUAGUGUACUGCAUCAGUUAAUGAUUUCCAUUUACUAAUAGUUAAAAGUUUGAAUGGCUUAAAGUUAAUAUUUUUCUUACAAAAUUGAUAGGCAAGACAAAAAAAUUACCUAAAACUAUAUUAAAUGCAUUGCCAAGAUUUAAAUCAAAGUAGAUUUGUGACUUGCAUAACACACAAUACUACAAGUAACAUUGAUUUUCAACCAGGCAAAUUUAAAUUAACAAAAAGUAAAAGAAUUUCAUGACCAAUAAGAAAAAUAUAAAUUUACAAACUUGUGACUGCUUUGUUAGGGUACAAUAUUCAUGUACGUAUAUAUUGAAAUAGUUUCAGAUAUUCUUGGAAAGUUAAAAAUAGACUAGUUUGCACUUCAAGUCUUGCAUUUGUAUAUUUGAAAACUUGUGAGGGGCUAUACUCUGUGGAGGGAAUUGUCAUGGAAUACUGAACCAAGAUACUCUACACUUACUGUUGUGUACAGGUCAUAUAUCAAGUAUUGCCUUCUUUGAGUAGUAUAUUUUAUUUAUUAUUCAUGGUUCUGUAUGCUAUUCAUUCUUAACAACAAUGUCAAGAUACAAAGUUUUCAAAAUUAAAAAAAAUACAAAAUGUAUAUUAUAACUGACUGGGCAAAGCAGAGUAAAAUUAAGUAUAUUAAUGAAAAGCUCAAAGUUAUUCACAAUAAGAUAUUAUCAAUAUAUUUUCAAUAACAUACAAGCACAGAAUAGAAUUUGGUAAAGCUUGCUGGAAAAAAUGAGGCGAGUGGAAUAGGGUACACAUAACAGAAGAAGCAAAAGUAAUUAUUUGGUUUAGAAAACGGGAUCUUAACCUUGACAAUUCUUCAAAUUCUGUGUUUUUACUGUGAUGUGUAUGUGUAUAUUGAUUCCCUCUACUCUGCUGUACACUUUUUACUCUAAACCAUUUAAUGCUGCUUUUUUAAUGUAAAUAGCUUUCAGUUUUUUAUCAAUAUCUUUUGGGAUUUUACCAAGUUUUAUCAGCUAAUAAUUACAUAUAUCCUUUCUUUUGUGUUUCAUAACCAUAAAGUUUGUUAGACUUACGUUUUAAGAAGAAACAACAAAAUGUAUGUAUAACAGAUUAAUGACCAUGUAUUGUAACUUUCCUUUUAGGGAUUACAUUUAAAAAAACAACUAUUUUCUGUAGUUUUAGGUGCAGUAAACAGAUCUGUACAUACUAUUUGUGAACACCAAGACCUAACCAAUUAGCAAUUGUAAUCAUCACUGAUUUAGGACAGUAUUUCAUGACUGUGAUAUUGCUGAUUAUGCUUGUGAUAAUCUUGCAAGAAAGCAUGAAGAGUUAAGCAUCAAUACAGAAAUAACUAUAGCUUCAUAGAGCUGGAUGGAAUUAAACCACCUGUGCAUAUUUCCUGGUGCAAUCUAUAGCUUUUUUAUGUAAGGCUGUACAUGGUUCUUCUACCCAUUUGCGCUAAAUGGGAGCCACGGCUAAAAUAUAGUUUAUGAUUACCAAGGGUUUUGAUGUUUAUGUGCUAUCCUUUCUCUGAAAUUGAAAUUAUAGAAAUAAUUUCAAGUUGGUUCUUUUUACGCUCUUGAAACAUGAUGUUCUAACUAAAAUUACAUUUGCAAAAUAGUUCCGCACAUCUUACUUAUAACUUUCGUAGCUCGAGUAUCUUUAUUUGUUGCUCUCACUGUUCAAUAAUCUUGGACAUCAAAAUGCUUGUGAAUCAUAUAAAGAAUGAUGAAUAUUGUGGGAGGUUUAUGAUUGUGUUAUAACUGAUGAGAGUUUUUUUAUAGCAUAUCAAUAAUUCAUGCUUGUAGUUAACAGCAUAUGCUUAAUAGGUGGCAGUAAUUAUUAAGUUUAAUUAAUAUUCUGAAUGAUGUUGAGGUAAUUUACUAUCAUAUUCUAUAGUUUAUAGAAAAAUAUAUUUGUAUUUUAGAUGAUUAAGAGUAUUGUGUUUUUUGUGUUUGCACUAAGUAGAUUCAGUAUUAUUAAAAAUGACAUGUUCACCAGACUAUAUUUAUUGUAGAGUACAGUAUAUUGCACUCUAGUCAAAAGUUUGCUGCAAAAGUAUCUUAGCUACUCAUUUGCCUCUUCAUUUCUUGUACUUUAGUAUGAAGAAUCACUGGACAAUAUUAUAGGAUAGAAUACAGAUUCACUGCAAUUUAGAAGUGAAGAUUUAAGUUUUUUGUGAAGUACUCUAAAAGAAAACACUUGACUUUUUGUGAAGACUUAUGGGAUAGGCAGAGAAAAUCCUUUAUCUAACUUAAGCCUGCAGGAAAAGCUAGGAGAAUAGGCCCUCUUUAUAAGUGUAGAGGCUUUUGACAAUUUCAGGAAAGAAGAGAAAAUAUUUAAGUGUUGGUGGAUGGCAGAGCCAUUACAGAACCAAUUGUUUUUGGGAGCUUAGUGAAUUGCAUAUUGUAAAUACUGUACAGUACAUUUUAACCACAAACAGAAAGAGAUAGCAAAGCUAUUAUUUACAACAACAAAAAAUUUGUCUAAAAAUAAUGUGAGAGGGCUACUAGCUAAAUGGAUUUAUUAGAUAGAGACAGUUUUAUUAUGAAAGUAAAAGUAAUAUAUGAAAGCACUAUUUUAAACACAUAUAAUGCCUUUACAGAUAUAUGUACGGUAUAAUGUACGUACUGGUAAAUAAUUGGAAUAAAGAAGAAGAAUGCUAUUUCUCUUCAAAACAAAUCUAAAUAAUUUGCAUACUCAGAAUUAUUACCUAUGAGAGAUGUUGAAUUAUAACAAAGAAAUAAUUAGAAAUUAGAAAUGAGGGGAAGUGACAAAAACCGUCUCCUGGAGGCAACACAUUAAAUUAAUUGUGGUAAUUUUGUAGUCUUCAAUAGCAGAGUUGGUAGUAAAAAGGAAAAACUAACUCGGUUAAGUCUGAACAUUAGGAGAAUACUUGGAGGCCAAGUUUUAAGCGGUAUGGAGGAUUUAAUCAUCAGAAAAAACUUGUAUAGGAGAGACAAUAGUACAUUAUAGAAGGCAAAAAUGAAUGCUACAAGAACAGGGGAAGGCGUCAGAUAGUAUACUGUCAAUGAAAGCAGAAAACCAUUUGGAUAUAAAGCUAGAAAUAUAUUUUGAGAGCUGUGGAGUAAAAAACAUGGAAGUUAGGUUACAAUUUUCAUCUUAACUGUGCCAAAUGUUUUAGUAGAUAUUAAGAAUAGUCAGAAUAUACCCCGGAGAUGAGGGCUAGGCAGUGAGUAAGGUUGGAGAGAAUGGUGCCAGUAGUGUUUAGUUUCAGAAAAUAAUAACGAUUCAAGGAAAAGUUUGUAACCUUCAUAAAUAAUAAUGUAUGAUAAAAUAAAACUAAAUGUAUAAAAAGACAAAAGAAUGAUGAUAGGGCAUAGGAUGAGGGAAAAUAAAAGUAUUCUAUCCAAGACUAAGAAUUAUCAUGGAAAUGGAAAUCGGGGUGUGUGCUUUUUUCCCAGUAGCAGCUCAGACAUGGUUACAAGGACAAGGAAAUUUAGUUGUAGAAGUAAAGGAAUUUAUGAUAAUGGACCAUAAUUAUUUUGAGUAAGAGACAAGUUCUUAGGUUUGGUACCUCUCUUAUUAGGUGACAAACCCAUAUUUCAAAGUUCAGUUACAAAGAUGUGUUACGGACUUGGAAGCGGAAGUAACACAAGUGGGGAGUAUCCAUAGCUAGACAUUCAAGAAGCAAGACUGGCUGAAGCAAGGUAUUGUAAAAGAGUUUUUGUGUUGAGGAAAGGACAUGCUUUAUUCCUAAAGUUAUAAUCUCAAUUACAUAAUUUUAAUUAAGGAUGUCUUGUACGUUUGCUCACCAGACAUGCUUAUAAUGCUUUAGAAGGUAUUCAUAUUCAGGGAAUAUGACAUAGUUGGCAAGGCAAAGGCCAAACAAGGGGAACAAAAGUUCAUUAAUAAUAUUUCAAGAAAUAACGUCUGCUGAGAAGUUAACAAGUGGAAAUUCACAUUUGUGAAACCUGUUGAGGUUUUAAUUAUUUGUUUAGUAGUAUUUGGUAUUAAUAACAAAAGAUUUCAUGACUUACCUCUGUACGUAAAAGUAAAAUAAGCCCAUUCUCCAGUAAUGGUACUUUCAGCAUCUUGGGGAGGAUAUAAUCCAGUUUAAGUGUGUGGUAGACAAUAGUAUCAGUAAAGUGGAGGCCUGAAAAGGAAAUUUUGAGUCAAUAUUAGGAGGUACAUUAUCCAAGUUGAAUUAUAAGGUGGAGUAGUAAACACAAUCCCCACCUUUUAAUUGUGCAGGAACAAGAGAACAGCUGUGAUUUUUUUUUUUUUUUUAUGUAUGGUAUGUAUUGUUUAUUAUGUAAACUAUUAAGAUUGUGUCCCCUGUAUUUAUUUUUUUUUUUAAAGAAUUUCUGUAAUGCAAGACUGGGGCUUGUUAGCAAAACUGUCAUAUUGUUAUGUGCUGUUCACGGGGAAUUUUAAAAGAGAUCAAAUUACGUGGCUAUUUUGGUAUGCUCAAGACAAAAUCACAAUGAAAUCGAGAAAACUGCAAUGUGAGAUGAAUCGGUAUUUUUCAUAGCGGCGGAUCAUUUAUCUUUGUAAAGUGGUUUAAAAUUCUGUGAAUAGACUUGUAUCAUUGGUGGACCUUUAUAAAUUCAUAAAGAGGAAUCUUUGAGAGUUCUUGUGAGAAACAAACAAUGUGUUCAGCCACCAGUGAGUAAGUCUGAGAUGAGAGUCUUGACUCUUGAGGGACCCAGCUUAAUGAUUUUGUAAUGUUUGAUUGUGCCUAAGUCUUGACUGUAGAAUAAAAGUUAUACCACAAG